AUGCAGAGCAGAGCAGCAGCCCCCGGACGGGCAUCGGCUCGGACCAGGAGGACAGCAAACCCAUCACGCUGGCACCAGUGGUGACAGGCACGGGGCCAAACUUCUCCCUGGGGGAGCUGCAGGGCCACCUGGCCUAUGACCUGAACCCCUCCAGCACCGGCAUGAGGAGGACACUGCCCAGCACCUCCUCCAGCGGGAGCAAACGGCACAAGUCGGGGUCCAUGGAGGACGACAUCGACACCAGCCCAGGGGGCGAGUACUAUACCUCCUCCAACUCCCCCACCAGCAGCAGCCGCAACUGGACAGAAGACAUGGAAGGGGGUGUUGCUAUAGCCCCCCACCCCUUUAGGCACAGGCUCUCU